GUCUCUCUCCUGCAGCAUGACAACAUGAUGUCAACAUGACAGCAGCUCUCAGGAGGAUCACCUCCUGGACCCAGGUCCUGCACAGAACCAGAACCUGCAGACUCCUCAGACCUCCUCUCCUCCAUCCCACCGUCCAUCCUCCAGGUCCAGCUGCAGUCUACCGGCUGACCGGUGCUUCUCCAUCUCCCUCCAGGUGGUUCAGUCUCUCCUCCUGCAGCUGGAAGAAGACUGAUGAGUCCAGCAGCAGCAGCAGCGGCGGUGGUGGUGGUGGUGGUGCAGAUGAGGAGGAUGAGGAGGAUGAGGAGGAUGAGGAUGAAGACUUCCUGUCUGAGAGUGAGGUGGAGGAUCUGUUCCAGCUGCAGCCUCCUGCAGGUCUCUCAGCAGGUCAUCGGGUCUUCAUCGUUCACCCGGAUGUGAAGUGGGGCAGCAGGAAGCAGCACCUGACCACCGCUGAGCUGAUGAUGGCCGAGGCCGUGGGACUGGUGAACACGUUGGACAGCUGGAGGGUCGUGGACCAGAUCAUCCUCUCCACCAAGACACCAGAGAAGAAGAGGAUAUUUGGCAAAGGCAACUUCCAGUCUCUAACAGAGAGAAUCAGGCAGACGGCAGGAAUCAGUGCAGUGUUUGUGAACGUGGAGCGUCUCUCUCCGCUGUCUGAGAGGGAGUUUGAGGAGGCCUGGGGGGUCAAAGUGUUUGACAGAUACUCGGUGGUUCUCCACAUCUUCCGCUGCAAUGCCAGGACGAAAGAGGCCAAGUUACAGAUCUCUCUGGCAGAGAUCCCCUUGUUGAGGUCUCGUCUGAGAAAUGAAAUCGCAAACUUGGAUCAGCAGGGAGGAGGGUCGAGGUACAUCGGAGGUUCAGGUGAGACGCUGAUAGAGGUCCAGCAGAGGCUGCUGAAGGAGCGAGAGAUGAAGAUUCGUUCAGCGCUGGAGAAACUGAGGAGGAAGAGACACCUGCUGCGAUCUCAGCGGAAACACAAAGAGUUCCCCACCGUCUCUGUGCUGGGAUACACCAACUGUGGAAAGACGACCCUGAUCAAAGCGCUGACUGGUGACAGUGGUCUUCAACCCAGAAACCAGCUCUUCGCCACGCUGGACGUCACCGUCCACGCCGGCCAGCUGCCCAGUCACAUGAGCGUCCUGUACGUGGACACCAUCGGCUUCCUGUCCCAGCUGCCCCACCAGCUCAUCGACUCCUUCUCCGCCACGCUGGAGGACAUUAAACACUCAGACCUGUUGGUCCACGUCAGAGACGUCAGUCAUCCAGAGACGGUGAAUCAGAAGGCGAACGUACUGAAUGUUCUGAAGAACCUGCAGAUCCCCGACAGGCUGAUGAGCUCCAUGAUAGAAGUCCACAAUAAAAUCGACCUCAUUGACAACUAUCAGGUGACGGAGCCCGACGCUCUGCCCAUCUCAGCGUUGGAGGAGCGCGGCCUGGAGCAGCUGAGGAGAGCAGUAGAAGAAGAGAUCGUAAACUCGACAGGGAAACACGUCGUAGAGCUCGGCGUCGACCUCAGCUCUCCUCAGCUCAGCUGGCUGUACAAGGAAGCCACCGUUCAGGACGUGCAGGUGAACGCAGACGAAGGCUCGGCCGUCGUCAAGGUCAUCAUCGGCGCCGCCGCUUAUGGACGCUACAAGAAGCUGUUCACGGGCAGAUAGCGAAGUAGGGAGUGAUGCUUCCUGCUGCACGACAGCGGCUACAAACUAGAGUUGUUCCAAUACCGAUACCAGAGUGUUGCAGUGGAUGUGAAUAACAUCAGCUGACAGGAAGUAAACAUGGACC